AUGUGUUGUGUUACAUGGUACGGUUGACUUAAAAAUGAUUCUUUUUAUUCUAAUUUAUUGUUGCUUGAUAAAACUUGUUUGUUGUAAGGAUGCUGUUAAUGUUGUAUCAUCAAAUUGGUUGAAGAAGAAUAGUUUUAAACUUAUAGAUUUGGAAAUCGAUUCGAAUCAUCUAGUCGACGAUGACUGGCAUAGAUCACGAGGCUUUAUUAAAGAUUAUAGAUGGUGGACAUUUAAGGGAAGUCAAGUGCAAUUACCAGAAAACGCAACUUUUAAAUUUUCAGUGAAUCUUACAACUAAUAAUCCUAUUGCGAAGCUAAAGGUUAAUGAAUAUAACUUAAUAUUUCAAAAGACUAAUGACUCGGUUAAAGUUAAAUCUUCUUUGUGUCCAGGUGAUGCACAUGUUGUUGAAAAAAAAUGGGAUCGUGAUCUUUCUUGGUUUCAUUUCAGUAUGAAACUUAAUGAAAAUGGGAGUAACUGGGUUGUUUCAAAUGAAUCUGUUUCUAUAGAAAAAAAUUGUUUUCGUAAAGGACGUUACAAUUUCACAGCUGAUAAUGAAAGUAACUGGAGAUUUCAAAAAUAUAAUAUUUAUAAAUUUGAAGAAUCUGGAAUGUUUAGCAUUUCUUCAGUUAAGAAAUGCGUCUAUUUAUCACUUAUUAGGCCAAAUAAUGAACACUGUACUUUUGCCAUAAAUAAGGUAAACCAGGGAUAUCCAAAGAAUAUAGAGAGCCUGUGGUUAGUACAUGAAAUUUGUACUGAUCGUUCAGAAGUUGUCUUCAAUAUGACAAAAAAAAACACUAGUACUAUUUGUAUUUGGAAAUUUGCUAAGCAGUACAUCACAACAGAUGAAAAAAUUAAUUUUGAUGAAAAUACUACAACAAAUACACCAGCGUCAGAAUACAUGGAUCCUUCAACAAAAACACCAGUGAUCCUCUCAACAAAAAUACCAAUGACUAGCGAAACUAGUACCACAAAGCCUGUGAUAAAACCUGCCAUUGGAAAUAAUUAUCUUGUAUAUUUAAUAGUUUCUCUAGUGUUAAUAGUUGUAUUUAUUCUAGUAACGGUUGUACUAGUCAAGAAAUUCAUGAACAAACGAAAAACAAAUAGGGCAAACUCCACAUGUCCAAUAUAUGAAGAUAUCGAAUAUAAGAGCAUGCCAUCAGGUGCCCAGGAUUAUGUCAAAAUUAAUGAAAUAUACGGAGAAUUAAAUGACGAUAAAAUUGUAAUAAAUGAUAUUUAUGGUUAAACUAAGUCAAAAAAUAUAUGUACCGCACACGACAUACGCAAAUCAAAGACAUCGAUUAGUUAGUUAGCACCGAGCCACCAACACAGUCGUUUAAACGUUAAGGCAAACGCCGGCACCGAAAAAUAACCAGGCGUGCGUGCGUGCUGGCCGAAACGAAGAUGGACCGAAGAUGUGGGUCCACGAGGAGGUACCGGAGUUUAGUUUGGUCGUCGGCGAGCAGACAGCGCUGCGUCGACGUUCCUCAAAUCCGGAGCGAAGGGUUCGCGCCCGUUCAGUGUUUCGGGACGUCCGCAUCCUGCCUGUGCGCUCCGGGAGCCAGCAUCGAGACGCCACACAGCAUCCAACCCGCGAUCGCAACGGUGACUGUCGCACGGGCCGCCGCCGCCGCCGCCGUCGCCGUCCACGACUACGCCGGAGCGCGAACUUUGUACCGCCGACUCGUGUGCGGACUCUAUACGAUUAUUGUAUACUGGGGAUUUUUUUCUGCCGCAACGGUGUGUUGAUGUGAUUUUUCGUUUUGGAACGCUCUUAACAACUCUUGAACUGUCCACUCACUUUUCGUGUGUUUGUAUUUUGGUUUGCGGUGCUCGUUUGGUGGAAUUCUCAAUAGGUAUCCAGUUUUUACUUUAUGUCUGCGACGAUUUUUAUAAAUUGUUUUUUAUAUCACAGGCAGGUUUUUUAUGGCACAGAUUUUCCAAAAAUGAUAAUCUGUAAAUUGGUAAAUAAUAAAAAAUUUAUAAGUUAAUGGAGAAAAUAUUUAAUAAAAAUAAAAUUGAAUGGAAGUCUAACUAUUAAUCUAUUUUAUUGUUUAUUUUAUUUAUGGUUUUAUCUGCAUAUUCAUUAAAAUUAUUGUUAGAUUUUAAUUAUUAAAUAAAAUUUUGUUAAAACAAACAUAAAAAAUACACCUGUUUAUUUUCGAGAUU